ACAAGAGUUAAGUAAAACGCCAAUAAACCAAUAAAAUUCAGUAAGACGGAGCAUCGGCUGUAUAUACUUCAGUGUCAGAGAGGUAUGUCUGGCAUCUCUGGAUAACAGAUGAUCGCAUGCGGAUGCACAGGUUGCACACUAAGAAAAAAAAGUCUGAAUUUGCAGAGGCGUGGAUUUUUGAAGAAUCGCCGAGACACCGCUGGUCAAACGUCGGGAAAGGAGCCAUCCCCCAGAUGAGCCGGGAGGCGCAGCUUCUCCAGCGACCAUGAGGAGGCAGGACGCCCGGACGCUGUCGCUCAUCCUCUGCAUGCUUUCCUACCUGCUGGUGGGCGCCGCGGUCUUCGACGCGCUGGAGUCCGAGGCGGAGAGCUCCAGAAAGCGGCUGCUGGAGCGCAAGCGCGACGACAUGAAGCGCAGAUACGGCUUCACGGAGCAAGACUACGGGGAGCUGGAACGCGUGGUUCUGCAAGCGGAGCCGCACCGGGCUGGCAGGCAGUGGAAAUUCGCCGGCUCUUUUUACUUUGCCAUCACUGUUAUCACCACCAUAGGAUAUGGCCACGCUGCACCUGGAACGGACGCCGGCAAGGUGUUCUGCAUGUUCUACGCGGUGCUGGGCAUCCCGCUGACGCUGGUGAUGUUCCAGAGCCUGGGGGAGCGGAUGAACACCAUCAUGCGCUGCCUACUCCGGAGGCUGAAGGCCUGCCUGGGGCUGAGGAACACCAACGUCUCCAUGGGCAACAUGGUGCUGGUGGGCUUCCUGUCCUGCCUCGGGACCCUAUGCGUGGGGGCUGCUGCCUUCUCUCACUUUGAGGGCUGGACCUUCUUCCACGCUUACUACUACUGUUUCAUUACCCUCACCACCAUCGGCUUUGGAGACUUCGUGGCUCUCCAGAAGAAGGAGGACCUGCAGGAGAAGACGCCGUAUGUAGCCUUUAGCUUCCUGUACAUCCUGGUGGGCCUGACGGUAAUCGGGGCUUUCCUGAACUUGGUAGUUCUCCGCUUCCUUACCGUGAGUUCGGAGGACGCAAGCCGUGCCGAUGGCUCCAGGGGGAGGGGGCAGCUGUCUGAUAGGAAGGGAGGUGGGGGUGGUGCCCUGGGUGUGGCCGAGGAUGGACGCAGUAGCAGCAACCUCUUUCUGCCCAUGGAGGAAGGUAUCAGCCGCCUCAACCUACUGCUCCCCUCACCAACCGAGGACCUGGAGAGCCCUAGCGUCCCCCGGCCCUACAACCCCGGGUCUGCAACUCCGGGCCUCUGCUCCCUCUGCCCGUGCAUGUGUACCCAGCUAGGUGCAUGUGACAGCCCCACCCCCUCAUGCCAUGGCCACCAGGGCGGCGCUGUCUACUACAACUCAGUGGCCUACCGGAUGGAAAGUGCCGGUUCCUGGAGCUCCCGGGAACCUACAGCUCAGUCAUCACCCAUCAGUGGCACAAUCUCCCCAGGGCAGGGCAGCUGCCAAAGGCUGCACCGGUCACGGCGGAAGUCAGUAUAACCCGAUAGGUUCACAUUCAUAUUUUCACAGUUGUGUGUUUAGAUUUGCAUGAAGACUUGCAGAUGGAAUUGUGUGUUGUACAUCUUACCCUAUUAGUUGCAUGUGAUGCAUCACUCAUCAUUUUGUAUUUCUGUACGUUUAAUUCAAAUAUAGUUGAAGGAUAAUGCUCCUUAUAUAUUUUUCUUCACGAUGAUACGUAGGUUCAUAGGAUCAGAGAGAGAUUUUUGUAUUUCCUCUUUAUAAAAGCAAUUUUAUACCCAUAAUAAAUUAACCUCAAAGAUAUUUUAAAAGACACACAGAAUGCGCUUAGAUACAAAUAAGUGCACCAAUAUAUGUAAUUCACAUAAAUCAGAGCAUUCAAUCAAGAAUGCUUCACUGUUCUCAUCACAGUAUUUGAGAUUCAUUUAAAGUGUCCCCUAGAAAUCGGAUCUUAGUUAGCAGCACAUUGUAAUUUGAAGUGUACAGAUUAUUCUGCUGACGCUGCAUUCUCUUCUUACACGAUAUUCCCAUUGGUUGUAGCCUUUUAUAUUUAAAACCCCUCAGAAGAGUCAGAUUCCGCCAUGAGCUUGACAGCAUGUUGCAGAAGUAAAAUAUGCUUCUUCAAAACCUCAGAGUUUGGUGUCAGUUCCGCUUUAAUUAAAGCAGCCUGUUCCUUUGUUUUUUGCAUGCAUGAAGUCUUAACCAAAAGUGUCUUUGUUCAGAUUUUAGAGAGAUUUUACUUACACCUUUCAUUGGUUCAUCAGUACACCAAAGAGAGUCAUUUUUCCAGUGUCCUCUGCACACAGCAGCCUCUCUUCGCUGAACUGCCCGCUGGGCUCAUGCUUGGGUUACAGUACUUUAGCCAGGUGCCUUUUUGCACAGUGAAUUAUCUGAAUGACGUGCAGGUUUGGUGUUUUUGUGUCUGUGAGGGUCUGGGGGAGACCAGCAUGCAGUGCUUAUGAGUAAUCUGUGUUCGGCAGUAGCAUCUUGAAGAUUAAUGUGCAAGUACCAGGUUGCUAUUAAUCAAUAUAACUGAUAGGACUGCUUGUCGUACCUUUUUUAAACUGAUGGUGUAUGACAUACGGGAGAUAAUUAGCAAGUGGCCAGUUUGUAACUACUGAUUUGUAAAGACUUGAUUUGUAACGAUAAAAAAGAAAAGACAGGUGCCCGCAGACACAACAUUGUAAAUGUGCUAGAAUUCUGCCUUGUAGGGAAAUGAUGUCAUUUCCCAUUAAAGAAAUAAGCACGCAGGAAAAUAUACUGUGUUGGCCAUGUUUAAAUGCAUGUUUUACAGAAAUAUUUUGUUGUUUUUUUAUAAACAGUAAAACCAUGCAUUGGAAAUGUGUGCAUGCAAAUCAGUUCCUGAUUCAAAAUCAUAUUUUCAUACCUGUAGCAACUAUUGUAAACGGAGUUGAAAUUGUUCUGCUUUUUAUAGCUGCUUAUUUACACUCUGGUUUACUGAAUUGAUUUGUACGACAGGGGUCGAAUUACAGUGUCAUGCCUGUAACAUUUAUAA